GCCCCCUGGAUUGUUUUGGUUUUUGCGCCAAGGAGCUAGUCCUCUGGAUCUUGCAAGGAUUCUGCAGUUGCCCCACACCCCGCUCACCCGGGAGAGCGUUUGGAGAGGGAAGGGCAGGGUGGAGCGGGAUCUGGCUCAGAUCAGGGUGGCUUUCUUUUUCCAUCCCUCUGAUCCCAACCCCCGCGGUGAUUCGUUGUGUAAUUGUGUGAUGGCAGAGCCGUUGUGUAAUUUCUGGACCUCCAGCAGGCAGCUAGCUACAGGUCCUGGGGAAAAAGCAAGACAGGGAAGACAACAACAACCUGCUCCCACCUCUCCUCCUUUGCAGUUGAUUAAAAGAGCCCGCUUGCCUCUGAAGGCAGAAAUGACAAUAAAUAUCCCUAAUGUUUAAUAGCCAUCAAAGCUUUUUCUUGUAACAGGAACUUUUUUUAUGGAUAGAGACUCCAUAGAUUUUAUGUCCAGGAAUUCCAGAAUGGCUUCUACCACUGAUGUUGUUCAGAAUUAUCAAAGCAUGUUUGCUUAUCGAUAUACUGCAGAGGAUAAGGAAUAUCAGAAAUAUCUUCAGCGUUCUGCCAUUCCACCUCCUCUGAUUGAAGACUGGAUGAACAGCGAACCAAGCGGGCCGUCUGUGUUUGAGAUCCUCCAGAAUUACAAAAAUAAGUUUGCCCAUCGAUUCACUUCCGAAGAUGAGGAGUAUCAGAACGAACCAAGUGCGCCAUCUAUGUUUGAGAUCCUCCAGAAUUACAAAAAUAAGUUUGCCCAUCGAUUCACUUCGGAAGAUGAGGAGUAUCAGAAGUACGUCCAGCGCCCUGCUGACCCACCUCCCUUAGUGGAGGACUGGCGAAAUAGAUCGGGUGGUCACCAGCGAUACAGAGAUCGAUUUAGAGACAGCCACCAAUUCCGAAACAGGGGACACGGCUAUGACCACCCAGGAGGCUACAGGUCUGAUCAGUGGCACGAAAAGGGCUACGGCUCUAACUAUCAGCAGCACCAACACGGACAGUCUUCCUUUCCUCAACAGGGCUGGCCGCCGCGCAGCUACGGAUCGUAUUUCCAGGAGCCGCGGUACGGCCGCUACUAGCAGGUCCGCCUGCCUUGGCAUCUCAGCGUCACAGUGAGAUGCUGCAGGGUUCCAAAGGCAACUUUCGUUGUAUUCUGUUUCAAAUGUCCAUACAUCCCGUAGAAAUCUGUAUGUAUUUGUAUGCAACGCGUUUAAUCCAGAAGACAGGAGACGGUGACGUUUAAGGGUGUAGCAGCUAAGCUGUGAGUUUGCCACUCAGCUGCUUUUUUUUUUUUUUUUUAUCUUGACCUCUUUAAUUCGGGAGAAUUUGACUUUUGCCUAAGGGAGCCGGUCUUCUCCGAGUCCUGAUUUGUGCAGUUUUGUCUCUAAUGAGGAACACCGUGAUGAACAUCAGUAAUGUGUCAUGACAGGGGAGAAAAUAAUGCUGGUUGCGGUUGUGUUUUUAUUUUGUUUAUGCUCUGGCUUAUUCCUAUGUUUAUCUGUGGAGGGCGAUUACCUUUCCGGUUUAAUUUGCAAGCGAUUAAGCUAAAAUGUCACCCAAACAGGGAGAUAAAUUGUAAAACAUUGCUGCUCUGAAGGCCUCUUUCUGUUUUUGCAUUAAAGCAAAAUUCGUUAGAAUUAAA